CCUAUUGUGCCGGAGUGAGACAAGGCAGCCCCUGGGACUCUGCAGGCUUCGCUUCUCUUGAUCAGGACCCGCCGUCAGCCGCCACCAUGCCUUUUGGAAACACCCACAACAAGUGCAAGUUGAACUUCCCCGCGGAGGAAGAGUACCCCGACCUCUCCGUGCACAACAACCACAUGGCCAAGGCCAUCACCCUCGACAUGUACAAGAGGCUGAGGGACAAGGAGACGGCCAGCGGCUGCACCCUGGACGACGUCAUCCAGACCGGCGUGGACAACCCAGGUCACCCCUUCAUCAUGACGGUGGGCUGCGUGGCUGGUGACGAAGAAUGCUAUCACACCUUCAAAGAGCUUUUCGACGUGGUCAUCCAUGACCGCCACGGAGGCUACAAGCCCACCGACAAGCACAAGACCGACCUGAACCACGAAAACCUGAAGGGCGGUGAUGAUCUGGACCCCAACUACGUGCUCAGCAGCCGCGUGAGGACCGGCCGUAGCAUCAAGGGCUACACCCUGCCCCCCCACUGCAGCCGGGCCGAGCGCCGGGCCAUAGAGAAGCUGUCCAUCAAAGGGCAGGAUGCCCUUGCAGCUGUUCCUGGAGAUCUGCCAGGAAGAGCUUGCCCAGGUACUGGUGUUCCUAUCGAGGAGAUCUUCAAGCAGGACGGCCACCCCUUCAGCUGGAAUGAGCACCUGGGCUACAUCCUGACCUGCCCCUCCAACCUGGGCACCGGCCUGCGUGGCGGCGUCCACGUCAAGCUGGCCCACCUCAGCAAGCACCCCAAGUUCGAGGAGAUCCUGAAGCGUCUCCGCCUGCAGAAACGCGGCACAGGUGGCGUGGACACCGAGGCUGUGGGUGCCGUGUUCGACAUCUCCAACGCGGACCGGCUGGGCUCCUCCGAGGUGGAGCAGGUGCAGCUGGUGGUGGACGGUGUGAAGCUGAUGGUGGAGAUGGAGAAGAAGCUGGAGAAGGGCCAGGCCAUCGACGACAUGAUCCCUGCCCAGAAGUGAGGGGUCCCACUGACCCCCCCGGGCAGCCUGGGGCCUGGACUCCGGGGUGACCCCAACCCUGCCACUCGGAGCGGCAGCUCCUGGCGCUUGGCUCUGCCCCGCGAGGGGCUCCGAGGGCCAGGGGCGGCUGCCCUUUGCCAGCUGGGAUGCUCUCCUCCUCCGGGGAGCCCCUGUGGACGGAGUUAAUAAAGCAAACGCUCGGCCCCAGGGCCUUGUCUGCCC